UAUUUGGCAACAGCGUUCACAGACCGUGUGAUUUUGUGCUGCUAUAAAUAAUCAAGUUUUACACUGUUUUAAGUCGAAUUAAAUAUAUUUGCAAAUCAAAUUCGCGUUUUUAGAAACUGUUUCAAUACGCAUAAAAUCCCCAGUGGGAAGAGGAAAGGAAAAGGUCCAAGGUAUUGGAAGAGAUGGUUGGAGAUUUAUCCAAGGAGAACCAAAUGCUUAGGAAAGAUGUUGAUGGAUUGAAACUUACUCUUAACAAAGAGGAAUCUAAAAGAAUAUUCGUCGAUGAGGAGCUGACCAAGGAAACGUACCAGUUAUUCAAACACUCAAGGCAACUUAAGGGUGUUGGCUACAAAUAUGUGUGGCAUCGAGAGGGGAAGAUUCUAGCUCGCAAGAAUGAUGGCUUUGAUAUUAUUUUCAUCCGGAAUGUUAAUCAAGUAAAUGACCUACUUAAGUAGCCCUUUAUCUCAUUUGCUUUGUUUGUUUUUUAUAUAUAUAUUUUCCAUUUGUUGCUUGAUUUUUAUAAUUUAUCAUGGCUAGUACGAAUCUUGAAAAUAAUUUAAGGAUAGGACAUAUUAAUGUACGUUCACUGAUACCAAGUUUGAACGAAAUUAAGUCUUCGAUAGAUAAUUUGAAGUUGGACAUAUUAGGAGUAACGGAAUCAUGGUUAA